AUGGGCUGUAGCUGUUCAUCUGUAGCAGAUGAUGGAUCUAAGCAAGUGAUAAGAGCUGCAACCAUCAUCCAGAAUUGGUACCGAGGUUACAGAGCUCGGUUGAAGGCCAGACAACGCUGUGCCCUCACUAUCUUCCGGUCUAUCGAAUAUGCUGAUGAGCAAGGCCAAAUGCAGCUCUCCAACUUUUUUUCCUUCAUGUUUGAAAACUACGCAAAAGCACGUGAGAAAGAUCCAAAUUUAGUAACUCAACUUUUUGGUAGCAGCUUUCCAGACACGUAUGAAGAAGAGGACUAUACAAAGAUGAUAAAUGUCCCGGACUCCUAUAAUGGUCCUCGCCUGCAAUUUCCACUCACUUUUAAUGAUAUUGAGAUACUUAUUGAGGGCUUCAAGGAACAAAAGAUUCUUCACCCUCAUUAUGUCUUAGCGGUGCUACAUGAGGCCAAGAAAGUCUUGAUGAAAAUGCCGAAUGUCUCUCACAUAAGAACCUUGCCCUACAAUGAGAUAACUGUCUGUGGUGAUUUGCAUGGAAAACUGGAGGAUCUACUUUUGAUCUUCUAUAAGAAUGGUCUCCCUUCAGAUGAUAUUCCAUAUGUCUUUAAUGGUGAUUUUGUAGAUCGAGGAAAAAAUUCCAUAGAGAUUCUAAUGAUCCUGUUAGUGUCUUUGCUUGUCUAUCCUAAGGACCUGCGCUUGAAUAGAGGGAACCAUGAAGAUAUACUGAUGAAUAUGAGGUAUGGCUUCACAAAAGAAAUUAUGCAAAAAUAUAAGCUAUAUGGAAGAGAAAUCUUGAAAGUCUUGGAAGAAGUCUAUACCUGGCUCCCAAUUGCUACAAUAAUUGACAAUGAAAUUCUGAUCAUGCAUGGUGGGCUGUCAAUGUCCACAGACUUGAAUUUACUCCACCGGCUAGAAAGACACAAAAUGAAAUCUGUGCUGAUGCCACCAGUUCAGUCAGAUGAAGACACUACCGCUGACGUUAGAAGUAAAAUAGGUGGCCAGAAAGGCAAGACAACUCUAUCCCAGCAUGAAUGGAAACAGGUUAUUGAUAUUCUAUGGAGUGACCCCAGAAGCAAAAGAGGCUGUUACCCAAACAAAAGUCGAGGAGGAGGUUGCUAUUUUGGACCCGAUGUUACCGCCAAGAUUCUUAGUAAAUAUCAAAUGAAGUUCCUUAUUCGGUCUCAUGAAUGUAAGCCCGAUGGUUAUGAAAUCUGCCAUGAUGGGAAGGUUAUUACUGUGUUUUCUGCAUCUAAUUACUAUGAAGAAGGCAGCAAUCGAGGAGCUUACGUCAAACUGGGUCGUUAUUCAGCCCCUAGAUUUUUCCAGUAUCAAGUAACUAAUUCAACAUGUCCAAGGCCUCUUCAUCAAAGGGUGAGUACUAUUGAAGGUAGUGCCAUCAGGAUAUUAAAAGAGAGAAUGGUAUCACGAAAAACUGACCUCGUUCGUACAUUUGAACUUCAUGACUGCUCUAAAUCAGGAAAACUUUCCCUGAGCCAGUGGGCUCUUUCUAUGGAAAGCGUCUUGGAACUAAACUUACCGUGGAGAUCCCUGAGUGUGCAUCUGGUAAACAGAGAUAAAGAUGGAAAGGUUGAGUACAUGUCCAGCUUCCAGGAUGUCCAGAUUAAAAAACCUGUGAAAGAGGCUCAUUCUUCUCUAAUUGAGACUCUCUACAGAUACCGUUCUGAUCUGCAGAUCAUAUUUAAUGUCAUUGACACUGAUCACUCAGGCUUGAUCUCCAUGGAGGAAUUCCGUGACAUGUGGAAACUUUUCAAAACUCACUACGGUGUUCAUGUUGAUGAUAUUCAAGUUGACGAGCUCGCUAACCAAAUGGAUUUAAACAAAGAUGGAAGCAUUGAUUUUAACGAGUUUUUAAAGGCUUUCCAUGUAGUGCAUAAAUUUGAUACACUGCACAAAAGCGACACUCUUGCUUUCCAAGAAUGA